UUUUGUUAUUUUCCAUAUUGUGAACGAAAGUUAGGGAAAAGUUCAGGAUUUUACGGAGAAUUCAAAUUGCUCCGGUAUGAUCCACAGCCUGUUUAUCGUCAAUUCAAGUGGCGAUGUCUUUCUGGAGAAACACUGGCGCAGCGUAGUCUCCCGGACGUGUGUGUCAUAUUUCUUAGAUGUUCAGAGAGAAUCUCCCAAUGAUGUUCCGCCAGUUAUAUCCACACCCCAUCACUAUCUGGUGAAUAUCCAGCGGGGUGGCAUUUCACUGGUGGCCGCUUGUAAGCAGGAAUUUCCUCCGCUGUUUGUCAUAGAAUUUCUGCACCGUGUGGUGGAUACUUUCGAAGAUUACUUCUCCGAUUGCACCGAAAGCAUCAUCAAGGAAAAUUAUGUGGUGGUGUAUGAAUUGUUGGACGAAAUGCUUGACAACGGGUUUCCUUUGGCAACGGAAAGCAACAUUCUGAAGGAGUUGAUAAAACCACCGAACAUCCUGCGGACCAUAGCGAACUCAGUGACGGGAAAGUCCAAUGUAAGCGGAACACUUCCUACUGGUCAAUUGUCCGCUAUUCCAUGGAGAAGAACUGGAGUAAAGUACACCAACAAUGAGGCCUAUUUUGAUGUCAUCGAGGAAGUCGACGCUAUCAUUGACAAAAAUGGUCAGACGGUAUUUGCGGAAAUUCAAGGCUAUAUCGAUUGCUGCAUAAAGCUGAGUGGAAUGCCAGAUCUGACACUGUCUUUUAUGAAUCCACGUCUUUUUGACGAUGUGUCCUUCCAUCCGUGCGUUCGCUUCAAACGCUGGGAGUCGGAGCGAAUUCUAUCGUUUAUACCGCCAGACGGUAAUUUUCGACUAAUGUCCUACCAUGUCGGUUCGCAGAGCGUAGUCGCAAUUCCGAUCUAUGUGCGGCACAAUUUAAGCUUAAAGGCAGGCGAACAGGGACGAAUGGACAUUACCGUGGGUCCCAAAACGACGUUGGGACGGGUUGUGGAAGGAGUUAAAUUGGAAAUUCGCAUGCCGAAAUCGGUGCUCACGUGUGCUCUGCUGGCAAGCCAGGGCAAGUACACGUUUGAUCCGGUUACAAAAAUACUUCACUGGGACGUAGGAAAGAUCGAUGUGACCAAGCUACCGAACAUCCGCGGUACGGUUUCGACGGCAGCCGGCAGCACCGCUCUGGAGACCAGCAUAGAUCGGGUGCAAUUUACAAUUUCUCAAUUAGCUGUUUCUGGUCUGAAGGUAAAUCGAUUGGAUAUGUACGGAGAAAAAUACAAACCGUUUAAAGGAGUUAAAUAUGUUACUAAAGCGGGUAAAUUUCAAAUUCGCAUGUAAAAGAUAAUUUAUUUUACUUCUCUAAAUAAUUUUUAUAUUUUUGUCCAAAUACAUGUGAAGCUACCA